AUGGAGUCAUUUCCUGAGUAAAAUCUACCACUAUUGUUCAAAUGAUUGAGGGUCUAUAAAUAGCCCUCAUGCUAUGGACUAAGGAAAGAAAAAGGAAAAGAGUUCUCUUCCAAGCAUAGGGCAAUGGGCAAUUUGGGUAUUGUACUUUUAGCCGUCCUUGCAUUUCUAGGCUCCUCUCAUGCUGAUUUAGUGAUGAACUUCUAUGCUAAGAGCUGCCCAAAAGCUGAGGAAAUUGUGCUGGACUAUGUCAAACUUCACAUCCCCAAUGCUCCUUCACUUGCAGCUGCCUUGAUAAGAAUGCACUUCCAUGACUGCUUUGUGAGGGGGUGUGAUGCGUCUGUUCUUCUAAAUUCUACAACAGCGUCGGGCAACCAGACCGAAAAAGCGGCUACUCCGAACUUAACGAUCAGAGGGUUCGACUUCAUCGACAGAGUGAAGCGCUUAGUGGAAGCCGAAUGUCCUGGAACAGUCUCUUGCGCAGACAUCAUUGCCUUGGUUGCAAGAGACUCCAUUGUCACCACUGGAGGUCCUUUUUGGAGAGUGCCAACAGGGAGAAGAGAUGGGUUAGUCUCAAAUGCUACAGAAGCAUUGAACAAUAUCCCUGCACCAACUAGCAACUUCUCCACCUUACAAACAGAUUUUGCUAACAAGGGCCUUGAUCUCAAGGAUCUCGUCUUACUAUCCGGCGCUCACACAAUUGGGGUUGCCCACUGCUCAUCGUUCUCAAACCGUCUAUACAACUUCACCGGGGUGGGGGAUGAAGAUCCAGCUCUAGACAGCGAAUACGCAGCAAACCUCAAGGCCAGAAAAUGCAAGACAGCCAACGACACCACCACCAUUGUGGAGAUGGAUCCGGGGAGUUUCAGGACGUUUGAUCUUGACUACUACACCCUUCUAACCAAGAGAAGGGGCCUGUUUCAAUCUGAUGCUGCUUUGACAACCAGCUCCACCACCAAAGCUUUCAUUACCCAGUUACUCAAGGGAUCUCUCAAGGAUUUCUACGCCGAAUUCGCUUUGGCCAUGGAGAAAAUGGGGAGGGUUGAAGUCAAGACCGGAUCGGUAGGAGAGAUCAGGAAGCACUGUGCAGUGGUGAAUGGUUAAGGGAGUCUUUAUUUUUUAUCCAAAUUCAUCAAUUUGUGUUUUGUUUUAUUGGAGCAUGAGUGGAAAUUAAGUGAAUAAUUGAGUAGAUACAGAGGUGUUGUCCAUCAUUCACCUAUGGGUUAUUCCAAUAAAAACCAAGAAAUUUGCAUUUAA